AUGCCUCUUAUCUGCUCCGAAACUGAAGUAUAUCACAUUCUUGAUGUGCUGGGGAAGGGGACAUUUGGAAAAGUCGUAAAAUGCUGCAGACAGAGUGACGGUGAGUUGGUGGCUGUCAAAAUCCUGAAUUACAAUGCCAUUGGGAGCCAGUUGAUCAAGAAUGAGCUGAAAAUGGUGACUACCAUGUUUCAGUCCAACCUCAAGAGGAGUCAUAUAGUUCACUUUUUUGAGGCUUUUUGUGACACAACUCGGCACUACUUGGUGUUUGAGAUGCUGGAGAAAAGCCUAUACCAGCUGCAAAAUGAGAACAGUUUCAAGCCUUUACCUAUGCGCAACAUCAGGACUGUUACUUGCCAGAUGCUGACAGCAUUAGCUAAACUCAGAGAACUGGCCAUCAUUCAUGCUGACCUCAAACCUGAAAACAUCAUGAUUGUUAAUCAACAGCGCUUUCCAUUCAGGGUCAAAUUGAUUGAUUUUGGCUCAUCCGGCAUUUUCAGCGAAGUGCGCUGUGUCAAAGAGCCCUACAUCCAGUCCAGAUUUUACAGAGCUCCAGAGAUUCUACUUGGACUUCCCUUUUGUGAAAAGGUAGACAUGUGGUCCCUAGGCUGUGUGAUGGCUGAACUUUAUUUAGGAUGGCCUCUUUAUCCAGGCAAAUCUGAAUUUGACCAAGUGCGCUACAUCUGUGAGACUCAGGGCCUUCCACAUUCUCAUCUGCUGAACAUAGCUACAAAAACCAACAAGUUCUUCCAACUUACCAAAGACCAACAUAGUGCACCUGCAUGGGAGCUGAAACCUUCAGUGUGGGGUCCUAAUGGAGACAUUGAUGAGCAUCGUAAAUAUGCCUUCAGUUCUCUGGACCAACUAUGCAACUUGAAUAUCACAAAGAAAAACAAGACAUCCUGUAGUGAGGAUGCAGCUGCCAAGAUCACAGACUGCCAUUGCAUGGUCGAGCUUAUCAAACGAAUGCUGGCACUCAUCUCCCAUCAGCGAAUAACCCCAGAUGCAGCCCUGAGGCACCCAUUCAUCACGCUCACACAUCUUGACUCCCCAGACACUCAAAGUUAUUAUGAUUUGUCACUCGAGGAGCUGCAGAAAGCACUGAUCCAGAUAUGA